UCUUGUUUGUAACCGAAUUCUCAUUUCUCAUUUUAGACUACCGUCUGCAGUCUAAAAUGAAACGUUAUAAUGAAGGAUCGUUCACCUGUGUGGCGUCUAAAAGGUUAAAAACCAUUGAUGUUUAUGAUGAAUUUGAUCUAGACACGAUCAAAGACUACCUGGAUGGAGAAAUGUUUGGAGAAAAUAAUCCUCGUGAAUCACUAGUUUUAAUAGACGCCAUAUUCGAUGCUUUAUUGUUGAACGAACGGAAAAUUGUUGACGAAGUUUUCAAUCACAUUCUUAAUGUGAUUAACCACCAAGACAUACGUGAGAAGAUUAAGGAGCUGAUUUUGUGUCGUUUAUCGACCUAUGUUUAUAGAUUGACUACUAAUCAGUUGUUGCAAUUGGUCGAACGCUGCUAUAAAGACAUUAAGUCAUGCAAAAAAAAUUACAUUCAAAGUUGGGUGUAUAUAAUACCAGGUGUAUUGAAAAACAUUUCUGAAACAAGUAUACUGCAUUGGCAAGGUAAAUUUUACCCUGGACAUGCAUACAAAACCAUAAUCAUCAACGACAUAUUAUGUAGCGUCAACGAAAUAAAUGUCGAUGUAAUAGUACCCAUUGCCAUGAUGUUAAGAUAUACAUUACUUACCGAAAUUGAAGCUACAAAAGUAAUAAAAUGUCUGUGUAUUAUUUGCUUAAGUAUGGACGCUUCAGAUGUUCCCCUUUUAUUAAAACACAUGUUGUAUAUCGGUACGAGUAAAGAUACACUGUAUAUUUUGGUUGCAUUGCAAAAAUAUUUUGAUUCGCAAAAUGGACAAACACCAGGCGACGAUAUGUUUGAUUCGGAAUGUAAUGUUUUAUUUAUUUUGGAAGAUUAUUCUAAGAUGAAUGCCUCUUUUGUUAACUGUGUUUUUAAGUACAUCAAAAUGUGCAAAAGAGCACCGGAUAAGGUGUUGAGUGACUUUUUAUUGGCAUUUUUAUUGGCAAUUUCAAAUUGUCGUACUUAUGAAAACGACGUUCUAAAACAUUUGAAAGAGCUGAUUAUUCAAUCGUAUUUUGAUGAUGAACUAUUAAAUUGUUCGUUUUGGCUAAAAAAGCUGUUUUCCAAAAACAAUUGUGAACAAAAAUUCAAAUGUCUUAUAAAUAACGAUAAAAUUUUAUCUUACAAAGGUGUCAUAAAUGGACUCAUUAAAUUGGCGUUGUCAUUACUCAAUACAAAACGAGUCGUCACCAAGAACGACAAGGAAAUUAUUGAAAAAGUUCACCGAUUAGGAACAUUCAUUUUGAUAUCUGUGCUUGAAAAAAAACAAUACACGUACAUCACCACAUACGUUUUAAAAAUGUUAACAGAAUCGUCAUUCCAGUCGACGAGUACACCUGCCCAGUACUUAGAAUGUUUGCACGUUUUAUGCAAAAGUCAAUAUGCAAAAUUGAUCGAAAACAAUGGUGACUUGUUGAGAUUGAUAAGAGGUAUGCCACUAGGACAAACACAUAAAGUGUUACACGCGACAAAGAUUGUAUUCAAGUCGUCGACAAUUGUCAAGAACAAUAUAAUGAUUAUGUUGAGAAAAGAACUACAAUCGAAGGAUUUACUAGUGAGAUGUAGUGCCGUUAAUGGAUUAUUAGAAAUAUUACGGUCCGUUUUCAAUUCGACAAAUCACUUCAUCGAAGAUAAUUCGCCUGGUCUUUUUACUCAGCUAUACCGAUUGGAAGACGAAUAGACGAAUAACGUUGCCAUCGGUUGAAAUGAAUGAACUAUGGUGUUUUGUUCUCAGGCUACUCCAGAAUUAUUUAUGUUUCGUAGAAGAACAAUUAAAAAACAAUGAAAACCCUCCAAAU